AUGGCCGAGGGCAGCGAGCUGAUGAACAGGCUCGUGAGCGAGAACGCGGACCUGAAGAAGCAGGUGCGGCUGCUGAAGGAAAACCAGAUGCUGCGGCGGCUGCUCAGUGAGAGCUGCCCGGACAGUUGCAGUCGCGGGGGCCGCGAGCCCCUCUUCCUCAAGGCCACCCCCUACCCCGAGGCCUGCUCCCCUGGCAGCGGAGGUCCAGAUUUCACAAGGUACACUGGUGUCCCCGACACGCCACCGCAGCUGCAGACGUCCUCCCUGGAGGACCUCCUGUGCUCACACGCCCCCCUCUCCAGCGAGGACGAUGCCUCCCCGGGUUGCGCAACCUCCUCUCAUGCACCCUUUAAGGCCUUCCUUGGCCCCCCGGAGCUGCACAACCCCCGAAGCACCGACAGGAAGCUGUCCCCAAUCCUUAGCCCCUUGCAGGACCCGCUUGCAGACAAGACCUUGCUGGAGGCCAGGGAGAUGGUCCGGCCUAAGAAGGUGUGCUUCUCGGAGAGCAGCCUGCCCACUGGGGACAGGACCAGGAGGAGCUACUACCUCAACGAGAUCCAGAGCUUCAGCAGCGUGGAGAAGGAUGGCCGCAUCGUCGGGGAGAUCGCCUUCCAGCUGGACCGGCGCAUCCUGGCCUAUGUCUUCCCGGGUGUGACGCGGCUCUAUGGCUUCACGGUGUCCAACAUCCCUGAGAAGAUCAAGCAGACCUCAGUCAAGUCCCUGGACGGCUCCGUAGAUGAGAAGAAGCUGCGUGAGCUGACGCACCGCUACCUGACACUGAUGGCACGGCUGGAGAAGCUGGGCUACAACCGGGACGUGCACCCCGUGUUCAGCGAGUUCCUCAUCAACACCUAUGGCAUCCUGAAGCAACGGCCUGAUCUGCGUGCCAACCCUCUGCACAGCAGCCCGGCCGCCCUGCGCAAGCUUGUCAUCGACAUCGUGCCCCCCAAGUUCCUGGGUGACUCACUGCUGCUGCUCAACUGCCUGUGUGAUCUCUCCAAGGAGGACAGCAAGCCUCUCUUCGCCUGGUAG